GGCGCUGCGACAGAUAAAUCAGGUACUCAGUUGACACCCAGUAUCUGGUAGCGAUCAGAACCUUCGUGGGUGUUAAAUUUCCAUAAGGGAACACGCCCCCUUCUUUAAAUUUUCAAAAAUGACCCAGGUCAACAUGGGAACUCCCCCAAAAGCCAAAGAAGAAGCUAUUAACAAACUUUUGGAAGAGACCGGCUUCGAAAUUACCAACGAAAAUGGACAGCGAAAAUACUGCCCCAAGGACCCCACCGGUCCCCCACCCGCAAAAGGUAGUGAAGUGUUUGUGGGGAAACUACCUCGAGAUGUUUUUGAAGAUGAGUUGGUGCCACUGUUUGAAAGAGCCGGACCCAUCUAUGAAAUGAGAUUAAUGAUGGAAUAUGGGAACAAUAAUCGUGGUUUCGCUUUCGUAAUGUAUACUUGUCCUGAGGACGCUAAAAAGGCCAUCGAUGAGUUAGAUAACUAUGAAAUUCGCAAGAGCAGAUUCAUCGGAGUUUGUAAGUCUGUCGACAAUUGUCGGCUGUUUGUUGGGGGUAUUCCCAAAAUGAAGACUAAAGAAGAGAUUCUCGACGAAAUGAAAAAAAUUACGGAUUCCGUGUCAAAAGUUAUCCUGUAUAGCAGCAUUGCAGAUAAAACAAAAAACAGGGGUUUUGCUUUUGUUGAAUAUGAGAGUCACAAAGCAGCGGCUAUGGCAAGAAGAAAACUAAUACCCGGUAAAAUACCCCUUUGGGGACAUGACAUAGCUGUGGAUUGGGCUGAGCCGGAACCAGAAGUUGAUGAAGAGACCAUGUCUAAGGUGACAAUAUUGUAUGUAAGAAAUUUGAUGAUGAGUACAACAGAAGAAAAGAUCAAAGACAUUUUCUCUCUUCAGAACGAGUUAAAAGUUGAAAAAGUGAAAAAACUGAGAGACUUUUCAUUCGUUCACUAUAAAUCCAGAGAAGACGCCGAGGUGGCUCUUGAAAAAUUAAACAAUAUUGACAUUGAUGGAAGUAUCAUAGAAGUGACAUGGGCGAAACCAGCAGAUCGCGUAACACGCCCAAAAUGUCAUUCCAGACCGAAUCAACCAGCACCCGCAGUACCUGCGCCAUUUCUUUACGGAGCACCUCCUCCCGGAUUUGAUCCUUAUAACGCACAUUUACCUUUUGCACCAUGUCCUGGGAGAGGUGGUCUGAUUCAUCGAGUACCUGCAUUCAGAGGACGAGGAAGAGGUGCCGCUGGUGUCAGACGCUUCAGAAAUUUCAUACCUGCUCCAAACCAUCCAGGAUCAUUCAAAUCUACAGAGGCAAACCAUCCCGGUCAUUCUACACAUUAUCCUCAGCAUGCUUCAAACAAAGUAAGCAGAUCUUUAGAGAAAGGCGAACAAUACACUCCUGAGUACGUUUUGAUGCAAUUACCUCCAAAUGCUGAUGGUAUUGAUCCACCUUUAGCCGUGCCAGGACCUCCACUUGUCCCACACGGACGCGUUGCUCAUCCCGCAUAUUUGUACCAUCCACCAGGAUAUGAAGAUAUACCAUAUUUCACAUACAUACCAGGUCCUGUUUCUGGUUACUGAAGUUUAAGCGUCGGAGCUUCCUAAACUUGUGUAUAUUUGAUGACAGUUGCCAUCAUUGGUUGACAUAUUUCUUUCUUUAUAUUUAUUUAACUUUUUGUUUCAAGAAAUACUUUUUCAUGUUGACGGUUCUAUAGUUUAAACAGUACAAAAAGUUUGUUUAACAUUGCAUUCAUAACUGACCUUCGCUUUAUAACUCAAAUUAUGCAAAAAACUUUGUGUCGCGACACAGAAUAUAUAUUCAAAUAUAUAUUGAAAUGAUUAUAUAUUUCAAACACGUUUUUUUUAAAAAUAUAAUUUGUAUGUUUUGAACUUUUCAACUUAUUUAUUUUUCGUUUAAAAAAAAGAUAAUGCAACUCCAAUUUGGACCAAUCAAAACCAAUUAAAUUUAUUGCUUGAUUGAAAACUUCAUUCGUUUCAAAAAUAUACAAUUUGGAAAUUAAUAGUGACAUUUUUCAGCGCUCAAAAAUAGACUCCCAUUUUCAAGGUUUGACGGACGUGAAUAAGUUUCAUUCCUUUUUUCGCGUCUGACAAUUCUUGAAAAUGGGUCCCUAUUUUUGAAAGCUUGAAGCAUGUCGACUAUUUAUUUCCAAUUUGUAUAUUUUUAAAACGGCUAAAGUUUUUAAUCAAAUAAUAAAACGCAAUUUAAGUGAAUUAAUGUUAUAAUUAUGAGUUCACUUUUUUCGAUAUCAUCAACAACAGCAUUUUUUCAUCAUUGUUGUCUGUGCUUGAAUUAAGAUGAUUAUAUUUUAAAUAUUAUUUAUAUCGGUAUGUAUGCAAUGUAAAUUAAACUACUUGCUUGAAAAAAAGCUUGUUUUUUUCGUAAGUAUUUGCGUAAACAUGACAUUGACAGAGUGCUUUUUCAUUAACAAAAAUGAUGCUACGAAACUUUUUUUUUUCCUCUGAUGUCUUAAACAUCAAGUUCACACACGUUUUAUGUUUUAACUUAUUUCGGAGUGAAUUUUUGGAAAAGUAUUAAGAAAUAGGAUUUAGUAUUAUGAAUUGCUUUAUUUAAAUACUACUGUACUCUAUUAUGUAUAUUUUCUUAGUUAAAUAAAGCGUAUCAAGCAAU